AUGGCAUCAUCCUCCUUUUUAAAAUCCCCAUCACCCCUUGACCUCCCACCCACGACCUCCACCUCCAACCCCCUUUACGUGACCAUCCGCUUCUCCGCCUCUAUUCCCGACCUCCCCCUCGACAUCUUCUCCCCAGAAACCACCACCUCCGCCGGUCUAAAACAACUCAUCCGCACACGUCUCCCCCCUCAUCUUUCCUCCCACCGUCUCCGCCUCAUCCACGCCGGCCGUGGCCUCGAAGACAAGACCCCCCUCUCCGUAUCCCUCAAACUCCCUCCCACACCCACGCGCUCCCCGCGACCAUCCGCAUCCCCACCCAGCGACACCACCUCAGAUCCAGCCUCCGAUCCCAACCGCAAAGGCAAAGCUCCCGUCCGCGACCACCCCCGUCUCUACAUCCACUGCUCCAUCGGCGAUAUCGUUCUCUCAGCGACCGAUCUUGCCACGGAAGCGUCGAUCGCAUCUACGCUCCACGACGAACAACAAUCAUCAUCAGAGACUCAUCAUGAUGACGGUAGCGCGAGAGUACAACGACAGAAAGAUGUACAGAAUGAUGACGACGCUAGUACUACAACGCCCGCGCCAAGGGGUUUCGAUCGGUUACUCUCAGCUGGAUUUACACCCGCGGAGGUGGCAGGCCUUCGGUCGCAAUUUCUAGCGGUACAGUCGGUAUCCCGUACUCCGGAUACGAUGCCGUCAGGAGCGGAGUUGCGGGAGCUGGAGGACCGGUGGAUGGAUGAGGGGUCGACGGCGGCUAUGGCGGCUGGGGGAGGGGGCGGGGAUGGAGCGGUCUCGUUUGCGGAUGAUGAUGGGGGUUUUGGGGCUGGGUCGAGGGGCGCGAUGGAUGAUAUGCUUUGGGGGGCGGUGAUGGGGUUCUUUUGGCCGGUUGGGUGUGCUAUGUGGUUGAGGAGGGAAGAGGGGGUGUGGAGUUGGAGGAAGGGGUUGGCGGUUUUUGUUGGGGUCGUGGUCAAUAUUGCCUUUGGGGCGAUGAGGAUUAUGAAUUAG